CGCAGCGGGGCGCAUCGCGAAACAUUAUACUAUCUCCCGCGUGUUUACAUCCCCACACAUUGCUCACGUCCACGCUCCUUACCGCCAGCGUUGCGAACUUUGGCCUCAUGGGGCGUACGUUCAUCUAAUGAGCACACAGGAGACUAAGCCAAGAAUUUCCCUCUCAGAAGGCGCCCCCAGGAGCGCGAGCAGAGAAGAUCAUAUCCGUCUGCCCAACUCUCGCCGUAGCGGGUCUUCUGGGAAGAAGCGUAGGCGCCACGACGACGAGCAGGCACUGGAGCAGUCACAAGAGCCUUGCUGCAAACGCAAGAAAGAAGAGUCCGAACAAGGGCAGGAGCCGGACUCAAAUUGUCGCAAGGAUGGCGCAGAAAAACAAGAUCCUGUUCAAUAUUGGGCAAGGACGGGCGAGUGGCCGAAAGACUUUGGCCAACUGAGCGAACCCGAGAGCGAUGGAUCAAAUAAGAGGCGUCGGUCUAGCACACCGAGUUAUUUGAGGCGAGCAAGAGACACGGCUGCGUACGAGGCAGAACUCCAACGCUACGGUAUAGUAUUCGACAAUUUGACCACCAAGGACUUAGUCACUGCCGAGAGUAAGGCUAUGUGUCAAGCCUUAUUAAGUGUGGACGAUCUCGCUCCCGCCUACAACUUUUGCUCCGAGGACAUGUAUAUCAGAAUUUUCGAACGAGCGAGCAAAUGCAACGAAGAAAGGGUUCGCCGCGACCUCACCCCUCACAUUGUGCCUUCCGCAGAGCUCUUGUAUAUACUGGACCAGGUGAACACACUGGAAAACGUCAAGGAGGAGAUGUCUGCGGAUUGGAACAGAUGCAGUCUGCUCGGCGGUACUCAGCCAAGGCCAGACUAUGCGUACGGCUUGUCAUCGGCUACUUUCAAUGAAGAAGAACGUCAAAAUUGGAGAACUACACCAAUAUCAACAACCCUACCAAGUUCACGGAGUCCAUGUACUUCCCAUUCCUCCUGUGCGAGUCGAAAUGCGGAAAGAAGAAUAUCAAUGAUGCAGACCGACAAAACGUACACAGUGCCAGCAUCGCCGUCAACGCGAUCGUUCAGCUGUGCCGCGCUGCCGGAGAACAAACAGCUCAAAGCCUCAGCGGCCACAUCCUCGUCUUCAGCGUCUCCCACGAUAAUGAGAGGGUCAAGAUAUACGGACACUUUCCCAUCAUCCGAGAAGGUCGCACCACGUUCCAUCGAUAUUAUUUUCACGACUACAGUCUCGACGGUGACUUCGGCCGAAACAGGAACACGGGCUCAAAUUUCACACGAGCUGUCUACCGCGAUUUCUAUCCCUUGCAUCUGCGAAGGAUACAGCAGGCAAUUGCGCGUCUGCCAGAUCCACCAACAUACAUGGUCUCCGAUGUUAGUGUUGGUGAAGGUGAGACGCAAGUGAGCGAACAGUACUCGCAAGAGAGGGACUCAUCACCCAGACCACCGCUUCGCCGAGCCAAAAGCCGGGGAAGCCAGGGAGAGUUGACAUUGAUGAAACAACAGAUGGCGAAAGUCGAACAAAUGUACAAGGCUCAGCUCGAGCAGCAGCGGGAACAGAUGGAGCAGCAGAAAGAAGAGAUUCGGAAGCAGAUGGAGCAGCAGAAAGAGGAGAGUCGGAAGCAGAUGGCUCUCCUGGAGAAAUUACUAGAUCAAAGGCAUGGAUAGACGAAUGGUGCUCUCGCAUUGAAGACGUUACACAGCCAGCUCGGGACGUAUAUCGCCAGCGUGGAGCGAAGUUUAUCCACGAACCUAUCACGGAUCAUUCUGUAAAUCAAGAAACCAUGCGAAUUGCCAAUGAUCCUCCUAGCAGUCAUCACUAUCUUCUACGUUCGAGAACGACAACGUCUGGAGGCUGCAGUCCUGGGUACUGAAUCCUCAUCUCCACGUAUACGGGCAUGUCCCACGGGAGCUUUUGCACAUCGAAUAGGUACC